AUGCGCGUAGCGAAACGUCUUCGUAGAAAAAAACAACUUAAAAAUAUCCGCCAAUUAACUAUUUCCAGGAUCAUUUCUUCUUAUAAAGAUAUUCCAUUUCCAUUCUCAAUCGAUCUCAUUGAUGCUGUGCUACGCCAACGAGAAUUCACAAAUAAGAUGGUCGAACGCUCUCCUGGCAAGUGUCAUGUUCCCACAUUAGAUAUUGACCUUGGAUGGCAUACACACAUGUUAUAUCCACCAUUGUAUCGCAGUUUCACAUCUAAACUAGCGAAUAGAAUCAUUAAUCAUGAUGAUACCAUCCCUAAACCAACACUUAAGGAAGCUCUUAUUCUCACUGCUAAAGCUUGGUAUGAAAAAUAUCAGGAAACUUAUACCAUCGAAGAUCCAUCAAAUUACACAGCGAGAAUACAAAAAAAAAAGACAUAUUUGAAAUUCUAUGGUGCCUACCUCAUCUGGAAAGUGAAGAAUGUCAGGGAAAAAAUGGAAGAGUUAGACUUAGACAUGGUACUAUCUGUAAUGUAA